AUGCGCAGACUGAAGAAGCAACGCACCCAAUUGGAGAGAGAUUUGUCAAGGAAGGAACUUGAAAUGCAAGAUCUGAAGAAUUCAGUCGCUGUUGAAACCAAAGAUUCACCUACAUCAAGUGUUGAUGAGCUACAUCUAGAAAUCAUGAAAUCGCGAGAAGAGAUAUCGGAGAAAGAAUCCUUGCUGGAAAAGCUUGAAGACAGCUUGAGAGAAGCUGAACUAAAGGCUAAUGAACUUAAAGCUUCAUUUGAAAAAUUAUAUGAGUCAGCUAAGGCUGAAAUUGACGCCUUAGAGGAAGCAGAGAAUGAGCUAAAAGAGAUUGAAAAAGAACUCCAGUCCGCAGAAACGGAAAAAAACCAUUAUGAAGGUUUAAUGAAGGACAAGGUCUUAGCUGAUAUUAAAGUGGCUGAGGCUAAAUACGAGGAGCUUGAAGUCAAGCGUCAGGAAAGUAAUGAGAAGGCCUCCAUAAUUUGUCCUGAGAGUGAGAUAACUGCUUUGGGUCCCUGGGAUCAAGAGGCAACUCCUUUGCAGCUUAGUGCUCAGAUUAACAAGAUAAAUCAUAGACUGAAGCGAGAACGCGAAAAGUAUCCUGAAUCGAUUGAUGACCUCAGGACUAUGCACGAGGAAAAAGAACAUAUGAUUGGGAAGAAACGCAAAAGUUACAAAAGCUUACGAGAAAAAGUCAAGGUAUGCCAAGAUGCGGUGGAUUCACGGUGGAGGAAGCUCCGUAGAAAUAAAGAUAAUCUGAAGAGCGAAUUAACUUGGCAAUUCAACGCUCGUUUAAAAAAUAAAGGUAUCACUGGACACAUAAGAGUCUCUUAUGAAGACAAAACUCUGUCCAUGGAGGUUAAGAUGCCUCACGAUGCAUCAAGCAGUGUUGUUCGAGACACUAGAGGGCUUUCAGGUGGAGAACGGUCUUUCUCGACGUUAUGCUUCGCAUUAGCUCUUCACAAUAUGACUGAGGCCCCAUUUCGAGCAAUGGACGAGUUUGAUGUCUUUAUGGACGCAGUUAGCAGGAAAAUCAGCUUGGACACAUUGGUUGAUUUCGCAUUGGAGCAAGGUUCACAGUGGAUGUUCAUCACUCCUCAUGAUAUCAGUAUGGUGAAGUCACACGAGAAGAUAAAGAAGCAACAAAUGGCUGCUCCUCGUUCUUAA